GUUUAAAGCGCCCUUUCCUCUCGAAAAUUGAGGCCUUUGUGUGCGGUUCGUGGUUUGUGGCAGUCCCCGCCUUCGCUUCUUGGAGGAUUUCUGCUGUUUCAGCGGUGGACGCAUGUGCUGGUUUUCUACGGUUCACGGUUUCCUGGGUCAACGACUCAGUCUUCCGCUUGAUCAAUAUCCUGCUCUCACUUUCGUUUCGAUUUGAAAUACCGAGUUUCGAGCUGCGUGCAUUUGGAUGGAUUGCCGCCACACGCAUGCCUUGCCAGCAACGACAUCUGUAUCGCAGUCUGCCCCUCGAAUGCACGUGGAUCUCAUUCCGCCCAUUGACGAUCUGUCUGUAGGUAUCCUUGCCUGCCCAUAAAUGCGUUUGUAAAGUGAUCUCUCUCUCUCUGUGUCCGCUUCUUAAUACCCACACGUCUCCGACCUAGAAAUGCCGACGCACGAAUGUAAGCGUAGAGAACGAGUGUUUUAGCACAAGUGAGCGACGCGUCUAUACACAGGCUUUUAGGGUGUAUAGGUCCACUGUCUCGCAGACCUAAAACAGCGCCCUGCCUGUAUCUUCCACCGAGAAUGCAAGAGUUGUCUCCUUUUCUUCCUUCCAGCGACAGGACAAGUUGCAUGCUGAUUUUGGUGUACGGCUUGCCGGCGUCGGGCAAAACGACUCUGUGCAGAGCCCUUUCAACGUCUCCGCUGUUCGCAGAAAAUCUCUCACGCGCUUUUGGUGAACCCUGCGGUGUUGGAAUCGAAGGAAAACUCGGAGACACGGAGCGACAUCUCUGCCCGCGCCAUGUGUCCAUUCAGCAUAUCUGCUUUGACGCCCUCGAACGGGACCUCCUGCAUGCACAGAAGGAAAUCGAACAGCUGCCUAGGCCUGUCGAGACAAAACGGGAGACAGGCACUGACGACAUUCCGUCUGGCUCACCUUCCAGUUACGCCGUCUGUUCGGAUGCCUGUCGCUCCUCUUCUUUAGCCGACGUUUCUUCCUCUCCUUCCUCUUCGUCCUCUCCCUCAACCUCCUAUCCAAUUCCUUCUGAGUUUUCUCCGCGCUCCGCCUUCGUCGCCUCUCAGAGAGGCAGGCAGGCAGGGACGAGAGGAGACUGCGGCGGAUGCACGCGCCGCUCGGAGAUAAGGUCGGCUUCUCACUCUCUCUCUCGCAGCAAGCCUCCGUCUGAGGCUGAGGGCACUGGCGAGUGUGCAUGCGUCAGGGAAGGAGAGAAAGACGCUACCAGCUUCGACCCAGCAACGUGGAAGCGAGCUCGGCACAUCGCUCAUGGCCGCAUUCGAGACAUCCUCGAGCGCCGCGAAGUGUGGUAUAGACGGCAGGCCGGUGCCUGCGGAGAAGAGCGAAACGCAGAGGAGGGACGAGGAGAGAGUGAGCAACAGACAAAUGAAAUCGGAGGAGAGCAGGAAGAACCAGGAGGCAAAACGGAGGAGAGGCGCGAGAGGAGGAGGCAACUGAGGGAGAGAAGAGCAGAGGUUCCUCGAAGGUCCUUCGAGAAGGCAGAGUGCACGAGCGUUCUUCCGGAAGUGAUCGGUUCGCUGAGGACGAGGACAGUUGGCAAAAGCGAUGGCGAUGGUGACCAAGGACGACGAGAGGAGUCUCGGGGCAGGAUCUGCCGCAGUUCUCCUUUCUCUGAGUCUCCAUCCGCCUUUCUGCCUCCUUCUGCCUUAGACGCAGUCGCCUCUUCUCCUCUUCUUGUUCUCCUCGUAGACGACACCAUGCAUCUCGCCUCCAUGAGAAAGAAGUUAUUUCGUCUUGCUUCCCAGUACCACUGCGCCUUCCAUCAGGUGUAUCUGGACACUCCUCUCCACCACUGUCUGGGAAGAAACGAAGCUCGUUUCUCUUCUCGUUCUACGUGUGAAACCGCGGGACAGGCGGGGAAGGCCGGGGCGGAGAAGGUCGAAGAGAAGAAUGAGGCGAGAGGCAACCUUUCAGAAGAACUCGUUGAAGGACAGGAGACAGUGGCGGGGACUGGCGAGACUCGUGCGGGAGAGGAGGGUGUGGGCGUGGAGGAAGAAAGCGGGGAAAACUCACUCGAGAGAGAGGGCAGAACAGAGAAAGAGAAAACGCAUAACGAGGAAGAGCAGAUGGCGUCUGCUCCACCGCCUCACCAGGUCAUUCUGCGACACUACGAAAGUUUCUGUCGACAACGAGGCCUCCGGAGAGAUGCUGGGAAGGCCCUUGGGUGGACGCAUGCACGAGCGCUGCAGAGCGAGGCUGAGACUGAGAAAGAAGUGAACACGAAGAAAGACGAAUGGGGGAAAAACUGCAGGAAGAAGGAGUUCUACAUCAAGAAGCAUCAAGAGAUGACGAGGGCAGCGCCACCCGAAGAAAGUCAUCGUUCAUCUGUCGUUGCCUCUGCUGCUCCCUAUCUAUCGUCUUUGUCCUCGUCUCCUUCUUCUUCCUCUGUACCCCCUGCGUUAUGUUCUUCCUCGUCGUUUCCGUCUUCGGUGUCUUCUUGCUGUCUGUGUGGGUCGCCGCCGAUGUCCAGUCCGUCACCGCAAGGUUCCUCUGUCUCUCCGUUUUGUGCGAUGGUCUGUGACGAAUGCACAUCUGACGAAAGUGAGGAGAGAGGAGGGAAGGGCAAGAAGACAAGGAAGCGCGGACAGCAGAGAGAGGGCAAGAGGAAGGGGGAGCAGCUUGUCGGCCGUCACUCGUGGAGUCUUGUGCUCAGAGAGGAGCAGGGGCACUUGCCUUCAGUUGCACUUUGCGCAGAGAUGUUUGCGGCCGCCUUUCGAGGCCGCAGCUGCUGGAGACCUGUGUGCAUCCUAAACAAGUCCGAAGGAGAGAAGGAAGCAAUCGCACGAGACAGAGCAGAACGAGGACGAGUCUUAGCCGCCCUCGAUCUGGCCCUCAGGCGACUCAUCCACAGGAUGGUAACAGUCUGUUCAGGCCGGAGAGAAGACGGCAGCAAGCUCCCCAUCCAAGAGUGGAUCAAGCGAAAGGCAGAUUAUUUGGAAGAUUGUCGAAGACACUUAGAUCGCGUUUGCGGGGGACGCAGCGAGAAAGCUGUGCAAGCAGAAAGACCGGCAGAGGCGACUGAAGAACUUGGAGUGCAACACCCGUUUUGUAUUGAGUUAAUUGAGCGGUUUCGGCGUGCAUGUGCGGCAGAUGUCGAGCAGCGCGUCCCUUCGGCUUCCCAGUGAGGAAGGGAAGUCGGACAGCAGAGCGAAAGCCGCCAUUCUUUCGCUCGCUACCAUUGUUCUCCCUCGUGGUCUUCCCCAGGUUCUUUCUGAAGGACAAAAGCGGUACCGAGCUCUGUGUUCGGAUGUCUCAGGACGGCGCGACGCGUGACAAGAUCAGCCGCUCUUGGCGGUAUGUUUCCCGAGCUUGGGGAUGAAGAAAAACACGAAUUCUAGAAGGCAAGUUGGCCGCGACAUGUGAAUGAAGUGACUUUUCUCGAGGGUGCACUUGUCCUCGCCGCGACGCUUGCACAGGGGCGCUUGACGUUUCGGUUUUUGUGAGAAGCAGGCAGGCCCCAUUCCUGAUGAGUUCCCCGUUUUCCACAGUCCGGAUUUCAAGACUUCUCCGGUCCCUCGAACCAAGUGCGUCGACACCACGAGGCUGGGCUGAAAUGUUCGUUGAAGACACAGACACUCGAGGUCUCUCGCAACCCGGGGAAGAACUGACUCGAACGUUGGAUACGACGAAAAAUGUGCACAGUGGUGGAACUCAAGAAUACACAGAGACACUCC